AAACAGCAGCAAUAGAUGAGCGAUCGUCUCAGACUUUACCUCUACAAGGUGGACCAACUAGAGAAAUGAAUGAAGACGCAUUUGAGGUCCCUGCGAGGAAUGAGUACCGCUACCUGGUUCAGGAUGAGGCUGAAGAGGAGAUUCAUUAUGCUCACCGUUAUUACGCCAGCCCCUUCCUGACAGUGUCCCGCAGGUGCUUGUUUCUGAUCGGCUGUGGCAUUCUCGCCCUCCUCUCUCUGGCUGGUUACCUGGCUUACUUGGCUCAGACUCCACGGCUAGGAUACGCAGAGGUGCUAACGGAAUGCGGUUGGCUACGUGGCCGACGUGAACAUGGAGCCUACUCAUUUAAAGGCAUUCCAUAUGCUGUGCCACCUGUUGGCGAACACCGCUGGAGACCUCCUGCAGACCUGAAGAUGGAAAGAAAGUGCUGGCACGACGUUCGUGAUGCCACUCGUUUUCGGAGCAUGUGUGCCCAGGUGCGACCUCUUAGAAAAGAUGGCCAAGUAAUGGGUGAAGAGGACUGCCUGCAUUUGAGUGUCUGGACCCCAAGCCUGGUAUCUGCGGAUGCCCUGCCAGUGAUGGUGUGGCUACACGGAGGGAACUUGCAAAUGCUGAGCGGGCAGGAGAAAGGCUACUCACCCACCGAGGAGCUGGCUGCAAAAACUCAGACUGUCUUUGUAAGUCUGAACUACAGGCUCAAUGCGUUUGGCUUCAUGGCGCUGGAGAUCCUGAGAGAAGGUUCCACCACCAUCACCUCAGGGAACUACGGACUCAUGGACCAGAUUCAAGCUCUUAAGUGGGUUCAGAGAAACAUCCAUGUGUUUGGAGGAGAUCCAACAAAAAUCACCAUAUUUGGAGGAACAUCAGUCAGGGCUCUGAUGACUUCCCCACUAGCUAAAGGUCUGUUUCACCGAGCCAUUACCAUGAGUGCCUCUUUCAUCAAUGCUUCCUCAUCCGCUGAAAAAGGUAACCUACUAUUUCUGAAGAGAACAGGAUGCCAGAAUGUAGUCUGCCUCCGACAUCUCAACGUAACUCAGAUCCUUCAGGCUGUUCCAUGGCAGGAAUACCCAUCAUGGGCGAAAGAUGGGAUAACAGAUAUCCCAGUUAAAGACGAGUCUUAUGGACCAGUUACAGUUGUGGAUGGCCAUGUUCUCCCAUUUAACAUUAGCUUUCACAAUGAUGUUCCAUUGGUGGUUGGAACUACAGAGCAGGAAGCUGAUUUCAGUCCACCGAUGAAGAAUAUUUCCACAUGGACGUGGGCCGACUACGAGUGGUUUGUAUCAGAAAAACUCAAGCCGUUUGGAGAGAGUGUGGUGUCUCAGGCUCUGAAGAUAUAUAACAGCUCAGCUCCAUGUCCAAUCACUGACCGCUGUCCUGAAAGACUUUACACCACCUUGGUGUCUGAUAUGAGGAUCAACUGUGUCACAAACCUCGUGGCUAAGCAAGAUGCAGAUUCCCUGAGGAGCUUUGUGUACCGCUACCUGGUGACAUACACGCCAUCCAAAGCUGUGAACCCAUCCACCUGGCUCCCUUAUCCGAGCCGCUUCUCUUUUCACAUGCUGGACAGCUUGGCUUUUUUCGGUGGACUCGAGAUGGCACUCGGCACGUUGACGCCUGCAGACCAAGCCUUCGAGGAAACACUCACCAAGUACUUCAUCCACUUUGCUAAGAAAGGUGAAAUGCCAGAAGAUUGGCCCGAGUUUCCAUCCCACAUCGCAUUGCUGGAUCAGAAUAUUUCACUGACUCAGAAGCGAUUUGCAGACAGAUGCAGUCUAUGGAAGCAAGAAAGCUUUUAUUCAUACGCCUGGUUCAACUGAUUGUUCUACCAGACUUCCUCAGAAAAGCAGCACGAGAAGCAGCGACCAAAUCGAGUCAGUCUGGUGUGUUAUGUAUUAUUGUAACCCUGCGUUCACAAUGACAGCAACAUGAAGCAACCAAACAUUCCAAAUCUUUCACGUUCAUCAACACUUGGUGUAUUUUAUGUUAAUGCAUUUUCCCCUGAAUCUAGUCAUAUCCAAUUACCUGAUUGUAAUUCACCUCUACUGGUACAGACCUUCCACUACUGACCAAGGAGGGUCGCAGUUGUCAGACGCCCCCUCCCAAACGUGUGUAGCACAGACUGCGUCUUUUCACCAGCACAUGACAGGUUCAUGUGGGGAUCCGUAUUGCACAUGGAGAGUCAUGCACUGAUCUCCAUUAUCUAUCCACUGUGCAGGUGCCACUGAUCAGCCAGCAGAAUGAGAAAACCCUGUUCAGCUAUUUACAGACUCACAGCCAAAUGUGUAUCUGUGUAGGUGCCUGGCCGGCUAAUAGCACAGCUGAGAUUUGAACUCGAGGGCUCGAGAUCUCAGCACUGUGGGCUAGCGUAUUUUAACAAUGAGCCACCUGAGCACCUAUGAUCAUCCAUCUUGAUGUAAAUGUGAUGCAAGUUGAUGGACUCAGUUUGGACUCCCAUGUAAAACCUGAUCCAUAUAUGUAGUUGCUAAACGAGUAUAGUUUUUGUUUUUAAUGCACUUGUAAAUAUCUGAUGUUUUCAUUAUUUGAGGAUUAAAGCUCGUUCACUGAGCACAGGUAAAAAAGUGAACGAGAGAAAUGUAGCCACACUGAAAGGAUGGUCAUGCACUAGUUGCAUGAACAACGUCUGCUAAUAGUGAUCCCAUCGUUUGGGUGAUGUGGGAUUAAAAUGUUGCUGCUGAUGUGAACGCAGGUUUGAUUUUAUUUGACUUGACCAAAUAUGCAUAGAGGAAUUGAUGUGAAUUAUUAUGUGAGUUAUUUCUGCACUGAAACAAUAUCUGUGUCCAUUUUUAGUUACAAGUAGAGGGGUAGCAAAACCACAAAGUGUUUAAUAUAAAAAAAUGCAAACUUUAAUCGUUUUAAACUCAGGUGUAUGUAGUUUGUGAACACUGAAACAUGGCUUAUUUUUGAGCAUUCAUUUGUUAAAAAUGGAAAGACACGUUCUGCUUAGAUUAAUAAUACGUUCACUUUUCAGUUCCACUUCUCACGUCAUUAAAAACAUGAGGCGCUUCAGUGGCGCAGAGGUAAAUAGCGUGAACCCACUAUAGUUGGGAUGUAGGGUUCGAAUUCCCAACAAUUUACAUACAGACGUGAUUGACUCAAAGAUGUCUCGAAGGCUUCGUGAUGGAUUGGCAUUCUGUCCGAGGUGUGUUACUGCAUCACGCUAAGUGAUUCUGGCAAGGUCGGACCCACCGUGACCCUGACCAGGAUAAAGUUGAUGGUAAAACUUGAAAAUAAAAGGUCAUUGAAUAUGUUGAUUAAUCACAUAUACAUCACUCGAUUUAUUACACUAGCUCACCCCUGUCCUGCAAGGGAUUGGCAACCUGUCCUGGGUAUUUCUGCUUUUUGCCAAGCAUUUCCUGGUGCUACCAAACCUGCCUUGGGUGAUAAAAAUAGAAUAAAAUGAACCCUGUACAAAGAUCGACACUAAUCGCAAAGUAGGUCCAAAGAAAUCAACAUGUUUAUGAAGCUAGAAAAGAUAAAACAUUUCUAAAGACUUGAUCCUAAAAGCCAAAAAGAAAAAAAUGUGUAUGUACCAGAUAGGUAUACCUAAUAAAGUGGUCAGGGAUUAUACUUUUGGCCAUAUAUUUUUGCUACUGGUGACGAUUGGAUAAAUAGACUGGUGUAAUACUGAAUGAAAAAGUUUUUUAUUAAAAGCAAUUAUAAGCAUAACUUUUCCUGUGUAAAUUGAUUAAUAUUGUCUUUCAGUCUGGUGUUCUUUUUACGGGCAGUGGUAGCUGAUUCAAGCCCCACCACUGCCAAGUUACAUGUCUGCUAAAUGCUUUGCAUGUAAAUGUUUUAUACUUUAGUUUGUAAAUAAGCAUGUUCAUGCACACUUUCAGAUGAUUCAGGGAACAAUUCAACCUUUAUUUACAUAAAACUUACAAUAAAUACCUGUUGUUCAUUCA